UUUUUCUCCACUCUCAGAGAAAACUUGCCAAGAGACACUCUUGGCUUCUUAGUUUUUUGGCAUAGGCCCUUGGCCUAAGUUUUUUAACCACGUUCAGGAAUGAAGCCAUUGAAGAUUGACAACUGGUCUUCGUAUGUUCUUCAACGACUUACUUCCUUAUUUGAAGAAGGAACCAAAUGUGAUGCCAGUUUGCAACUCACAGAUGGACGGACUUUUCGGGCCCACAGCCUCAUCCUGUUUGCCUGCAGUCCCUACUUUGACAAUUCAUAUCAGAGGCUGAAAGAUGGAACAUCAUUAUAUCAUCUUCCAGCUGAAGCUGAUGAGGAAUCUUUGACUGCUAUCCUUAGGUUCAUGUAUACAGGGAAGUUGGAUAUACGUGAUGAAACCUAUGAUCGGAUCCAUGAGCUGGCCAAACUUCUCCAGAUCAACAUCCUUGUUCACUUUCUGGGAUCUCGUAAGCGGAUCUCGACAGGAUCCCCCCAGGCAGCCAUUGCCUCACCAGCAUCCCCUGCUUUAGAUCAAGCUAGAUUCCAGGUGAGUCCACCAAAGGUGCUUCAGUCUAAGGUGCGUCAUCCUGCCAACACUAUGAAACCCUUCAUCCCUCUGUUUGGAAGAGGAUCAGGUUUUAAGGCCUCCCAGUUCAGAACUUCUUCAAGCCUGAAGAUGGAAGGAUGUGAUGGAGGUGGUCUGUUCUCUGAUAUACGAGAGGCAGAGGAAGUGGAUGACCCACCAUUGCCCAUGGAGGAGGUUGAGGUGACUCCUCCAAAACCAUCACCACCCCCUCCACCACCAGUUGUACCCAUUGACUACACACCAGAGAACCCUGAUCCAGGUUCACGUUCCGAUGUCAUUCGUAUCCCUUCACUGCGCAAGCGAAAGGGAGAGAUGAAUGCCGAGCAGAUUGCCAAAGUCAUGAAGCGGGACUCUGGUGACCAGAGCUCAGGUGAGGAAGAGGAAGAAACACCUUGCAGACCUGAAGAAAUGCAUACUCCUGAGCCUGAAAGCACCAAAUCAAUUCUGAAGAAAAGUUCGGGGAGCACUGCAAAGAAAGUACGGUUCAGUGAGACACCAUCUCCAAAUUUGAGUCACGUUGACCGGGAGAAAAUUGUCCAUGAGGUCGCCAAGAAAUACCCAACACUGGGCAGCAUUGUGAAGCCCAGCUACCCCAGCUCCAAAGUUAAGAUUGUGGAGAAAACAAUGAGUGCUGAUGAGCUGCGCCGCAUUCAGAAAUCAGCUGACAAGAACAAGGUAGCCUAUCUUGUUCUGCAGUCAGUGCCUCAAAGCCCCAAGAUGUCAUCAUCUAGGAUUGAUUCCCAGUCAGAUGUGUCUGGAGCAUCUCUAAACCCCCAUUCCAUGAAGGUGUUUGGCACCGACUGGAUUUGUCACACAUGUCAAUCUAAGAAUGAGAUGCGAAUGUACCAGAACCUGCCUGCUCUUCGUGCACACUACCUCAAUUACCACAAGUCAAAGAUCACUGCGGUGUGUGAGCGUUGUGGCACAUAUGCUCCUCGGAAGCUCAGCACUGUCACUGCACCUUUGGUCAAGUUUGACACCAAACUUCCUGAAGCAACAACACACGUCAAGUGCAUCACGUGUCGCUUUGUGGUUGUGGCCGAGCCCAUCAAUGAGGGUGAGAGGGAAAAUGGGGUCACUCAUGAAUGUGGCACUUGUGGAGCUCGCUUCAACACCCGUGGUGCCCUUGAUGGGCAUGUCAAAGCUCAACUUUGUUCAUCAGAGAAAGGACAUAAAGAGACUAAGUUCCCUUGCCCCCACUGCACCCUUAUGUUCAACCGGAGCUUUUACUUGAAAGCACAUAUGCGGUCCAAGCACCCCAAAGAAUUGCGGCAAGAAAGUCCGGAGAAGAUCUCCCCUCCUGAAUCCAUGACCCCAUCAUCUGAGUCUGAGGCACUUGACAAGGUGGCCAGUGGCAUUGCAACCUCUUUGGCAGUAGAUGACCCAGAUGCUGACCUGUCUCAGGUUAAUGAGAUGAGAGGAAAACCUCAACAGAUUGUCCGGGGGCCACCAAAGAAGAGACAUGAUCACUUGAUGGCUUCUUCUGUGGCUCAUUGCCAUCAAACUUCUUUGGGAGAUGGAGGCCCACUACUAGGUCACAAUGUUGAAGUCUCUGAUCAGCACAAAUUCAGUGAAUCUCAUUCUGCUCAUGAAGAUUUGAAGAAUGUAGAUUCAUCUGGGGAGGCACCUACUCAACAAGUCAAUGAACAAGAGCAUGAACACAACCAGCAUCCAGUCCUGGAACAUUUGCAAGCUGUGGCCAUUCCAGAACAGACCCUGGUUCAGUUCUCAACUGAAUCUACAUCUGCUGAACUGGGACAUACACAAUUAUCUGAAUCUGGGCAGCAGUCAGUAGCAUCAGAAUCGGAAAUUCUGACUGCAAUAUCUGAUGCUGGGGCAGCAUUAGAAUCCUUAUCAGGAGAAAUGACAUUUGUCACGUCGAGUCAGUCGGGUAGCUUUGUCAUGGCAGAGCCAAGGACUGUUUUCACAGGAGAGCCAAAUGCCAUAGUAUCUGGAUUAUCAAAUGCAUCAGGGGUACCAGCUAUUGUUGUAUCAGGGAUCCCAGCUACUGUUUCUUCAGGAAUACCAAUAACUGCUGUCUCUGGGGAUCUGGAAACGGUUGUGUCGAGCAUUCAGACGACUGCCAUGUCUGACCAGGGACCCGUGGUCACGUUUGUGACGACGUCGCCCACAGAGACGCUGAGAUCCCUGGUGCACCCAAUCAUGGGCAUGGGUGACCUCUCCUCCAGCGUGCUGAUCGUGACCGAAGACGGACACGUGGUGCCAAGCAUGGAGCACGGAGAAGUGGUGCAGACCGACGACAUGGGACACGCCGAGUACGUCAUUGAAUAUGUGCAACUUCCUGAGCAGGGGGGCUUGGAGCCCACAGUAGAAGAGCAACUUGCCAAACUACAUGGUGAAGAGCAGCACUAGGCCCAGUGUAAGGAUCCAGUGAGUUCACAGUCACCCUUUCUACUCUGGCAAGCUCUCAACCAGUUCAGUUCAGGGACUGCUGAGACUCAUUCCAUGUGUUGGAAGAUGAAUUUGCAUUGGGGUGUUGAAAUUCUGUUCUUAUGAUCUUUACCUGUCAUGGACUGUGUUGGAGAAAGUGCAUGAUGAUGUUUAAUAGUUUUUGCAUUUUUGGUGUUAAGAUUAUGAAAAAUGAUUUCUUUUAGUCUUAAAAUUCAGAUUGAUUUCUUUGGUCAUGUCUUAAGGUAAAGACGGUGAAGGAGAUUCUUGUCUCAGGUGAGUCUUGGUGAUCUUUUUAGUAUCUCUCCCGUUUUUUUGAAGAUCAUGACUCUUGGAGGUAAACUGGCUGAACUUGUUGAACCCUCAUUUUCCUCAGUCACUAUGGCAUACAAGUGAUUUUUGAAGGUGAAAUAUGAUGACU